UUUCUCGCUCUCGGCGUCUCAGAUCUCCCGUUGCUUCUCCUCGAGCCCGCCCGCCCGCCCGCCCUUCGCUCUUGUGCUCUCUGGAAUGGCUUACGAAGGCAUUCUUCUGGGGAUGGGGAAUCCCCUUCUUGACAUCUCCGCGGUCGUCGACGAGGAAUUCCUCGAAAAAUAUGAUGUCAAGUUGAACAAUGCAAUUCUUGCGGAGGAGAAGCAUUUGCCUAUGUAUGAUGAAUUAGCUACAAAGUACAACGUUGAAUACAUAGCUGGAGGGGCCACCCAGAAUUCGAUCAGGGUUGCUCAGUGGAUGCUUCAAACUCCCGGUGCAACUAGUUAUAUUGGUUGCAUUGGAAAGGACAAGUUUGGAGAGGAAAUGAAGAAAAAGGCAAAAGAUUCAGGUGUUAAUGGUCACUAUUAUGAAAAUGAGACUACUCCAACUGGCACGUGUGCUGUUUGUGUUGUUGGUGGUGAAAGGUCUCUUGUCGCCAACUUAUCUGCAGCAAAUUGCUAUAAGUCAGAACAUUUAAAGAAGCCUGAAAACUGGGCAUUAGUUGACAAGGCAAAAUAUGUUUACAUUGCUGGAUUUUUCCUAACGGUGUCUCCGGAGUCCAUUCAACUUGUAGCUGAGCAUGUUGCAGCAAAUAACAAGGUAUUUAUGAUGAACCUUUCUGCUACAUUUAUUUGUGAGUUCUUCCGGGACGUGCAGGAGAAAGCUUUAUUGUAUGUUGACUAUCUCUUUGGGAAUGAAACAGAAGCAAAGACCUUCGCAAAAGUUCGUGGUUGGGAGACUGAGAACGUUGAGGAGAUUGCUCUGAAGAUCUCUGCACUGCCCAAGGCAUCUGGGACACACAAGCGAAUUACUGUUAUCACCCAAGGUUGUGAUCCAGUCAUUGUUGCUGAUGAUGGAAAGGUGAAAAAGUUUCCUGUGAUUGUGUUACCAAAGGAGAAGCUGGUUGAUACUAAUGGUGCAGGUGAUGCAUUUGUUGGAGGUUUUCUGUCUCAGUUGGUCCAAGAGAAGAGUAUAGAAGACUGUGUAAGAGCUGGGUGUUAUGCAGCAAAUGUUAUAAUACAAAGGUCGGGCUGCACUUGCCCGGAGAAGCCUGAUUUUAAUUAGGUCGUUUUUGACUAUUCAUAGAUGAGUGUAUGCCAGAGGCAGACCAUCCUACUGUUUCCUUUCACGUCCUUAUAUCAUUUUUGGUUUAUUUUUGGGAGGCUUCUUGAUUGUGUACUGGUUUUCUUAUUUGCCAUCCCGGCGUGGCAGUGGCAGCAUGCUCUAAAUUAUCAGAGCAUCAGAUUUUUAUAGUCCUGGUGUAUUGCCCCAAGGAUUAGUAACCAUUUCAGUUUUCCAGUAAACAUCUUUCUCCAUGGAUCAUUGUACUGUUAAAAUAAUCAUUGAAAUCUAUAUUGGGGCUAGAAUCAUGGUCUUCGUAGAAA